AUGCAUCGGGGAAUCUCCAGUGCGCCUGGCAUCGUGUCGUCAGCUGCUAUGGCAGCGCUCGCCAAUCACGGCAAGCAUCACGCACACACCAUGCCACUCCACGCCAGUCCACGCAAUCCAUCGCAUGGCAACCAGUGCGUCCCGAUCCACUUGCUCCCUCCCAUGAUUCCACGCGCUGCUCCAUGUGCUGGCACUGGCAGGGGCGACGGCGACUACAACGGGUGGGGGCUGCACUUGUGGGGCGACGUGGAGGCAGAGACCGACUGGCAGCACCCCUUGCCCUCCUCGCCUGCUGCUGCCACUGGUGGUGUUGUUGCUGCGGGUGGUGGCGGCAUGAAGUGGGUGGAGUGGCGGGUGCAGCUGAAGCCACAUGCGCGCACAGUGAACGUGCUGCCUCACCGAGGGGACUGGAAGGACUGCACAUGGACCAUAGACAUGGCCACACUGCCUGCACCACCGCCCUCCACCAGCACCCAGCGUGGCCCCACAGUGUGGCUCAUCUCAGACUGCCAACGCGCCUUCCUGCACGCCCCCAACCUCGACCGCCUCCCCAAGGGCAGCUUGGAUCUCUUCAAGGCGCACUGGGUGUCAGCGGACGAGAUAGCAGUGGACUGGGACUAUAGCGAGGGUGACUAUGGCGAGGAGAUUCUCUUCGCCCUGCACGCCAGUGAAUCGGCCUCACUCUCCCUCACAGAGGACGGCGUGCACGGGGCGGACUCUGUCAUUCCCCUCACGCUGGACCCUGCUGGCCUCUCGCCUGCUGUAAGCCCCACACUCCGCUCCACUAUCUUCUGUGAUGGUGCAUGGCAUGGUGCAAUGAAGCAUGGCAUGGUGCAAUGA